AUGUCUAAAACAGUAGGAGAUAAUGAUAAGGUAAUUAAAAGAAAAAUUUCUAAGAAGUUAGUUUUGCAAUCGAACGUUAAACCAAAUAAGCUUCAGUUAUGUACCUAUUAUAUCAAAGGAAGGUGUAAGCAUGGAAGCUAUUGUCAUUUCAAACAUUCAACAAUUCCUAUUACAAAAAAAAAACUUUGUUGGUAUUUUAUUUCAGGAAAAUGUUCAAAAAGUGAUUGCCAGUAUAGUCAUGAAAUAUCGAAGUUUCCUUGUAGGUACUUAAAUACUGUUGGGUUUUGCAGAAAUCUUAAAGAGUGUCGUUUUAGUCAUGAGCUAAUAAAGACUGAGCAAGAAAGAGAAGAGUUUGUCAGAGAAAAUAAGGAUUAUUUGCUCCUUCCCCAUAAGGAUGGUGGACCAAGCGAAAUCCACACAAGCCAUAUGUGGUGGGUACCCUUACUAAAAAAGAUCAUCAAAGAAGAAGAAGAACUAACAGCUAAACAUUCAUUCAUUAAAAAACUUUAUUACGAAUCAGAAACGUCCGUUCCAAAAGGAAUUUGCAGUUCAAUCGAAUCCAAUCGUGCUAAAAUUAUAAGUAAUAGUCCAGGAAAUAUUCAUUUAAUAAAUAACAGUUCAGAAAACAAUAUUAAAGAGUAUAAUUCAAGUAAAUCCAAUUCAUUUAACCAAGUUUUUGGAAGGAAAGAAUUUAAUAUUAAAAAAUUAUAUUCCAAUUUGUUUGGAAGCUCAAAUAAUUAA